UAGAUCUGGAGUACGAGGCCAAUCCCGUAUGUAACUUUCAGUGCGUCGUGCAAUACAGCAGGUUUCGUAAUGCCUAAACGGUUAAAAGGAACUAACUCAAAAUCAGAAGAGGCAAGAGCGCGUCGUGAUGCAGCUAAAGCGGAAGCACAAUGUAAGAAAGAGAAAGAGAAAGAAGACGCGUACUGGAGACAGUUUGAAGAACAAGACGCUGACUACCACAAAAAGCAAAAGAGGAAAGCCGAACGUGCACAGAAGCGUCAAGAAACUGUUGAAAGGAAACGCGAGUCUGCAUCUCUGCUGGCCGAAGAAGAAGCACAAUUGAAAGGCAAACCACAAGCAGUAAAGGUGACGAGGGCCGACAUUGCAAGAGCCCAACUAGAAGCUCCAAAAGAACAACCAAGCGCCACUGCACACAACGAUCCUCUCGAAGAGAACCCAAAUCAAGCUGUAGCCGAAUUCCUUGCUGCUGAGGGAGGCAUCGAGGCUCGCUCAGUUGAAGACGCCAUUGCUGUGUUGAGAGUGAAAGAGCCAGACAUUGAGAGGCAUCCAGAGCGAAGACUGAAAGCCAGUUAUGCUGCAUUUGAAGAAAGGCGGAUGGCAGAGCUUAAGGAUGAGAAUCCGACGUUACGGAUGUCACAACUCAAGCAGCUGCUGAGGAAGGAGUGGAUGAAGUCGUCAGAGAAUCCGAUGAACCAAGUGCAUCAGUCGUAUAACAUGAAAGUGGAGUGAGAGAAGGGUGUAGAUGUAUUAAGAGUUAGUGUAUAGAAGGGAAUGUAUUGGUGUACUAGAUGUGGGUGUGGCUUUAAUGUAAUUGUGAGAAAUUGAUUAAGUUGUCAGUGCGUUUGUAUGGAAAACAAUGUAUCAGUGGUGUGUAUACACAUGGAA